AUGAAUGGAACAUUAUUUUUAAAAAAUUGUUUAAAUCAAAUCAAUAUAAAUACAAAAUUACAACAACGACAAAUUCUUAAUAAAUUAAUCACAUAUAUUAACCAAAAUAAAAAUAACUCAAUAAAUUUACGUUAUUUUACAAAUAUAAAAAAUUUUAAUAAUAAUACUAAUAAUAAGGUGAACUCAUCACCGCCACAAAAACAACAACAACAACAACAACAACAACAACAACAACAACAACAACAACAACAACAACAACAAAAACAACAAAAGCAACAACAACAACAAAAGCAACAAAAAAUAAAUAAUAAUAAUAAAAUGAAUGAUCCAUUUUCAGCAUUAGGCGAUAGAAUGAAAUCAUAUGAAGAUGGAAUGAAAAUUACAAUUGAAAAGAAUAAUUCAUUUAUAAUUAGAUUAGAUGGUCAUUCAUUUAGUAAAUUUUCAAAAGUAUUUAAGAAACCAGGUAUUGCAUGGGAUAUUAGAAUUCAUCAAGCAAUGGUUGAAACUGCAACUGCUUUAAUGAAAACUUUUCUUCCAACUGUUGUCUAUACUUUUUCAGAUGAAAUUACAAUGUGUUUUCCUUCAAUUGAUAAAGAAGCAAUUGAUGAUGGUGAAAUCCCACAAUUAGCAUACAAUGGUAAAGUUCAAAAAUUAAUCUCUUUAACUGCUGGUUUAGCUUCAACUGUUUUUUAUAAAUCAAUCACUCAAGCUUUAUAUGAUACUGACAAAGAAGAAAAAAUUAUAGAUUUAUUAAAAACAGCAACACCAAGUUUUGAUAGUAGAUUAUUUGUAUUACCAUCAAAUGAUGAAAUUCGUCAUAAUUUAAUUUGGAGAAGUAUAAUCGAUUGUAAGAGAAAUUCAGUUAGUCAAGUUGGACAAUCUCAUUUCCUUCCAAAGCAAAUUCAUGGUUUAUCAGGUCAAGAAAUAAAAAAAAAGUUAUUACUUGAAAAGGGUAUUGAUUUUAAUGAUGAGCCAGAUUGGUACAAGUAUGGUGUAUAUUUAAAGAAACAAAAUUAUACUCACAAGGGAUUUUCACCAAUUAAGCCAACUCAAGAAAUUACAGUUCUAAGAAAUAAGGUUGUGCCAUUCUCUUUUGAUAUUACAAAAUUAUCAAAUUCAAAUGAUUUCAUUACAAAGAAAAUACUUGAUGAGGAUUUUAAAUUAGAAUUUAAUUCAAAUCCAUUAUCAUUAUCAAAUUCAACUGGUUCAACUAGUUCAAAUUCUUCUUCUGAGGGUUCACUUAUAUAG